AUGUGGAUCCGAAGCAAGUGUGAUCGCUCUGCAAGAGGAAAAAAUAGGAAGAUCGACAUACACCAAUCAGAUGACGGAACUCCUGUCGUUCGUGAAGGAAGAUCUCUGUUACUUUAUGUCGAAGACGUUGGCUUUGUAGCACAGUUGUCUAUUUUUCAGCUAAUCACAUCAUACGAAGUCCAAUCCUCAUUUUGUACAGCCGAUGAGAGUGAAUUGAACGUGUUUUGUAAGCAGUUGGAGGAAGUAAUCCGCAAGGAGAAGUUCUAUAAAACCGUUGUUGAAGAAUUUAAUGCCAGAUUAAAAAUAGCCAACGAGAUUGGAUACAGAACAAGGAAAUUAGGAAUAGGACAACGAAAUGAGAAUGGAGACCGUCUUUUUCUCCUUUCUGUCAACAGAACGUCUCUUCCAUGGAGAUUCAUUUUUCGAAAGGAGAGAAAAUCGCCGAUAGGAGACAAUGUUGCUGAUGGACACGGUAGUGUUCUAACAGUGCGACUCAUGCCGAGAUCGAUCAUAUUAAACGAACAGAAAUUAGUGCAUCUUUGA